UUUAAUUUAUUAAUUUAUUAAUUAAUUAUUUAAUUUCGUAUAAAAAUUUAUAUAUAAAUAAUUUAGAAACAAAUAGAACAAAUGUGUAUAUGUGUGAUUUGAGAAUUUGAGAUUGUGCGUGAUUUAAAAGACUAAAAAAACAAUAAACAAAACCCGACCGCCAACAUAACCUCCAAUUAAUGGUCCAUGGAUAGAAAAGCCAUAUAUGUGUCUCCAGCAACUCUUCAGUUCUACUUCGUUGCCGUGAUUAAAUUAAUUAAUUUUAAACUCGAUUUCAAAAAAAUUUCAUAAUUAUCACAUAAUUUUGGAGAUAUUCGUCAUAAAUUUAAUAAUAUUUCCAACAACUAACAAUGGAUGAAGGGAAACCAAAGAAGCCAGAUGAUUGGAUAAAAGUUCAGAGUAAAAGUCGGCCUGGACGAUACUAUUUAUUCAAUCGUGCUACGGGAGAAAAUAAGUGGCUAUCAAAUGACUCCAAAUCCAAGGAAGAAAGUGGAGAUUCCAACGAAAAACAUACGUCACCCACAAAGAAAAAAAGCAUAGUGGAAGAGUCUCCCCCACCAAGAAUAUCCGUACCUAAACCAUUGAAAACUCCCGCCCAGGAUCGCCUUAAACGACUGCAGCAUGAAAUAAAAUUACAGCAGACCAAGAAGCAAGAGAUGAAGCACAAACGUCGUCAUACGGAGGAAAACGAUUCCAAAUUAACUAAAACUCAAGAUUGUAAGGAACAACAAGAAAAUCGAUGGCAUACAGUGGAGUCCAAAGAAACUUCUUCCACGAGCAAAACGAAAGCUGCAAAAUUACUAGACGCGAUUAAGGUUAAACAAGACUUAGGGGACCAGCAAGAGAAUCGUCCCCUUACCAAAGAGUCAACGGAAGCGUCCACCUCGAGCAAAAGUAAAGCUGAUAAAUUAUUAGAUGGAAUAAAAGUCAAGCAGGAAAAAUCUUCCGAAACUAAAAUAUCUGAAUCACCAAAAAAGAAGGAUGCAAAAACAACAAAAGACUCGAAUAUUGCAAAAAAUUCCAAGGAGAGAGCAGAAAGGACAACGCCAUCGAAAAGAAAAGACAAAUCAGAAGAUUCUCCGAAAAAAACACUAGACUCUCCAAGAAAGCGUGCUGCGAAAAGACCUCAUUUGAAUCUCUUGGAGACAGCAGAAAAAGGAAACAAAAUUAAAAAGUCAGAUUUAAGCCAAUUCGUUACUCCACUACCAGCCAAAUUAUCACACACCAUUGAUUCACAUAAAAAGGAAAGCCCACCACCUUCAACAAAUUUAUAUUAUCUUUUGGAUGAGGAUACUGAAAUGUUACCUUGUGAUGAGGCACCUUCAACAUCUCUUAAUAACAAUCUACCUAAUAAAACCAAUUCCAAAUCAUCUAAAAUUGGCAAUAUUCGUUCGGGUAUUGUUAAUAAAAUCAAAGACAUUUGCAAGUUACCAUUUCGUAGUUCCAAAGCUGAGAGUAUAGAAACAAAAUCUUCGGUAUUAUCGGCUAAAACUAGUUUUAAGUCCCAUAAGAAGACUGAAAAUAAAUUAGAACUCGGAACGUUUCCUGUCCAGCAGACUCUUAGCGAAUUUCGAGAGGCCCAAAAGACAUUGAGCCAGGAACAUUCACAUGAUACCAGUGCCACAUCAACGACAUCAUCUUUAUUGACUUUUGCCACACCUCCCAGCACACCGAAGAAUUUUAAUAUUCCAGCUUAUUCCAAGGGAUCGGCUAAUUCUCGACUGGAACGCCUAAGACAAUCACUUUUGUCCCAACAGCAGUCAAUGCAUUCAAAUACCUCAGUACCUUAUCCCAAAGACUCUGGAUUUUCCACCGGGCCCGCUGUCACCAGCCCGUCAGUAAAAAGUGAAGCUAACUCCACAUUAAAUGAGACAUCAAAUUCUGUAUUCCACACUGCCAAUAACACCUUGAAUGAUGAAUUCGAAGAAAUGGACUGGGAACCGUUUGAAAAAGACAACACCGAAACCAUUGAAAUAUCAAGCAGUGAGUCAAACUUGUCAUUACUCCCGCCAAAAGAAAAACCCAUUGUGAAAAGUCCAUCUACAAAAUCAAUGCCCGAAACAAUGGGAGAUAUUUAUGAUGCUGUCAAUGAGAAUCUCUUACGUUUGUCGGCCGAAAAGAAAACCAAUGUUAGGGCAAAUAAUAACAAGUGGAGAAAAGAUUACUAUUAUUUUGUGGUGGAUACAAAUGUGUUAUUGGAUCAUCUGACAUUUAUUGAAGACCUAACUCAGUUGAAACUAUGUGAUACCCAGGGCAGUAUGCUAUACAUACCCUAUGGAGUUUUGCAGGAAUUGGAUAAAUUAAAGAUGCGUGAGGAAGGCGUCAAAACUUUAGCUGUGAGAGCCAUCAAAUAUUUAAACAAGAAACUGGAAAACAAAUCACAAAAUGUCUUGGCUCAAACUGCCUUGGAGGAACGUGAACAUCUAAUAGAUGUGAAUUCUGCCGAUGAUAGCAUCAUAAAUUGUUGUCUACAAGCCAAAGCCCAAAUACCCAAUCUCCUACUGCUAACAGAAGAUGUAAAUUUACGCAAUAAGGCCAUCUGCAACAAUAUUUUAGUUGCAACAAAAUCUGAUUUGUUGUCCAAACGUUAUGAUGCCCAGGCAUCUUGACCAACUUGGAAUUGGUUGCAAAAAUUUCGUUAUUCUUUGUAUAAGAAUUUCAAGUUUCGUUAACUAAUCAUAAUUACUAUAAU